UACUUUUUCUUUCAAGUUAAUGAAUGAUCAACUUCCUCUAUCGGAAACUUCUCCAACGCGACGGCGGGCAAACACCAUGUUCAGUUCUAUUUUCGUGUUCAUUCGAGCCGGUUGUCUUUCGCAUACCAAGCAAUGAUCAAAUCUACUUCAAUCGUAUCUCUCCCUAUGGAUCCCAAGCUUGAACAUGGAAAAGCGCAUCCACUGGAGUUUCCUCUGAACAAUGACAUUAGUGUUCUGCGUACCCAACCGAAUCGCCCGAGUGGCCGUUCCAGCCGGAGAACAUCCCGAACAUGGCUAAGACUGGGACAGAUCGUCGCAUCCAUCGUAACCAUUGCGUCUACCGCAUUAUAUCCUCAACCUGGAACUCAAUCAUUGGUGUUUUUGGCGAUCAAUGCACUGAUAGGGACGUUGAUUUUGUUUGGUGACUCGAUUAAUAAAUCUCAUCCGCUUCGUCGAGCCUUCAGUCCGAUUGUAUGGUUCAAAGUGGAACUUUGGUUCGCCGGACUGAUGGCAGCUGCUUUCCAUAUGCAAACAAUUGUCCUGUUCGUCGAUGGAAUUCGCUGGUUCAGAUUCGACGUCUAUAGUUUGACUGCUUUGUGCUUGGUCAAUGAGGUGAUGUAUCUUGCUGAUUGGUGGACCAAUUUCAACAAGCGUCAGGAAAUCGUCAAAAACUUAAAUAAUGAACAACAUAAUACAGUCGAGCAGGAAGCGAUGAUCAACUAAAGUGUUAUAUAUUUUUUAUGUUCAAUACGUUGUCAUCUACUAAAUGUAAUUUGGUGUGAAAGCAUUUUUUGUAACAUAUGAUAACUGUAUGCAGCUAUAUGUAUGUGUUAGUAUUUAGAACUCGAAGAAGAUAUCGUAUAAUCGAUGAAAUAAAUAAAAAAUUAUCUUCAAGAAA